AUGCUGCCGACGACUGCGCAGCAAGGUGCGUUCAGCACAGACGAGAAGCGCAUCAUACAGCGCUCGACAGUCAAGCCUAACAAGAUGGGACGAGCCAAAUGGGCCGCCAUCCUCGCCAUGGUGCUGGGAGCCGUUGCCCUCAGCGUCCUGUCGCUCGACACGGCGGCGUCAAAUGCCGUCAACGAUGGUCUGUGGAAGCUCACCCAUUCCUUCCAAGCCGACCCUUCGGCCUCGCUAGCCGCGACCUGUCCCCAGCAAGAGCCAUACGACCUCAAGGACGGUCUCGCCGGCCUCGAUCGUGACCUCCUCGCUUCGAGGCUCAGCGAGGCUGUCCAAAUCGACACCACGGUCGGCGACGAAUGGCCGGAUCCGAAUGACGUUCCGGAACGGUGGCAAGCUUUCCCCAAGUUUGCAGAGUGGCUCAAGACCGAGUUUCCUCGUGUGCACGACAAGCUAGAGCUCGAAAAGGUCCACCAGCACGGUCUCCUCUACACCUGGAAAGGCUCCAACGACUCCCUCAAGCCGCUGCUUAUGAUGUCGCAUCAAGACGUCGUCCCUGUCAACCAAGGCACGCUUGACCAGUGGCGAUACCCGCCGUUUAGCGGCUUCAUCGAUCAAGACACCGACGUGGUCUGGGGCCGAGGCUCGACCGAUUGCAAGGCCUGGCUCAUCAGUCUGCUCUCCUCGGUCGAGGAGCUCCUUGCCAAAGAGUGGGAGCCCACCCGCACUAUCCUCUUUAGCUUUGGCUUCGACGAGGAGUCCGGCGGAAAGCAAGGCGCCGGCUGGCUCGCCAAGCGCGUCGAGGAGAUCUGGGGUCGUGACAGCAUCGCCAUGAUCAUCGACGAAGGCAAUCCUGUGCUGUCUGCAUCCGACAACAUGGGUCCUGGAAUCAACGUUGCUCUACCAGGUAUAGCCGAAAAGGGCUCCGUCGAUAUUGCCGUCACUGUGGAGUCGGCCGGAGGCCAUUCUUCCCAAGCGGGUGCGCACACUUCUAUCGGUCUUCUCGCCCGCAUCGUCUCGCAGCUCGAGGACAAGCGAGACCGCUUGGACGAGACCAAGAUCGGAGGACCGCAGCUCGGUUUCCUGCAAUGUAUCAGGGACGGCCCGCGCAUCCCAGCGCCGCUUCGCUCGGCCCUCAAGGAUCUCGAGUGGGCGUCCAAGUCGUCGUUCGAGCACCUCGGCGUCUACUCGGCCUUGCAGAACGCACUGCCGAGUUCGUUCACCUCGCUGGUGCUGCAGCCCGUCAAUGCCUGGUCUCAGCGCGGUCGCCAGCGUCGCAUCAGACAGGCCAAACUGCGUGUCGUCCACGCUAUGCCCGAGCCGCUCCAGACGCAGUUCAUCACCACCACCGCCGUCGACAUCAUCGAGGGAGGCGUCAAAUUCAACGCCCUUCCCGAAAGCGCUACCGCGUAUGUCGACCACCGCAUCGCCAUCACCAGCAACUUUGACGAGCUCAAGCAGCACUACAUCGACGUGCUCUCGUCCGUUGCGCAAAAGUACAACAUGCAGAUGGAGGCGUUCGGCGAGCUCGUGCUCAACGCCAGCUCUCCCGUCGGCGCCUCCAAGCUGACCAUCAAGGCAGCACGCAGCGCACUCGAGCCGGCUCCAUGGACGCCGCUCGAGGGCGAGGAUGCCAAGCCGUGGAAGCUCUUUUCGCAGCUCGUGCGUUCGGUGUGGGUCGACGAUGACGGAAAGCCCGUUACCGUGGCGCCGUCGAUCAUGCAAGGAAACACGGAUACGCGCUACUACCACAACCUGACGCACAACAUCAUCCGUUUCGGUCCGUCGAGCAUCAAGCCGGACAAGACCGGGCUGGGUACUCUCACCGGCGUCCACACGGUCAACGAGCAUUAUCCCAUCCAGGGUCUGGCCGACGCCACCAACUUUUACACCGCUCUCUUCCGCGCUGUUAGUGUCGAAGAUAUCUGA